AUGCCUCGGAGGCACAAGAACAAGUACCAUGUCUGUGUGAAAUGCCACCAGGUCAGAUGGGACACUCAGGAGGCCCAGGCCACUGCUGUUGCAGCCCCAGGAGAGGAACACAGCAAUCUAAAGAAGAUGAAAAGCAGAGAAAUACCCAGCAGGAAGAUUCGGGCCUGCAUCUUAAGCCCCAAAUUCAUCUGCUUCACCCAGGUGGUCUCUGAGAGUACGGAUUCAGUCCGGGGCUUGUGGACUCCAAUAGUGCACAGUAGAGGGAAAGCCCUGAGCCCUGUAGCUAAAGAAGGGACCCUCGGGGGGGACUCCCCAGGAGAGGAGCGCCCCUCCUCCCCCUCUUCUGUCCCUCAGGGUUCUCCCCCGAGCUCCCCUGCUGCUGGCGAUCCCCAGGAGCUUCAGGGAGCCAUGGCCCCUAGCUCUCCUGAUGCAGGGCCUUCCUGCGCAGGAUCUGAUGAAGGUGCCCAGGGCCCAGAGGAGGAAAGUGCAGAUGCCGCCCAGUCAGCCCUGGUCGUUCGGAGCUUUCGCAGAGAUCCUCUGAACAGGAAGGCCAGCAUGCUGGUGGAGUUCCUGCUGGAGAAGUACAACAAGAAGGAGCCCAUCGCGCAGAACGCCCUGAUGAAGAUCAUCAGCAGCAAGUACAAGGGGCACUUCCCUGAGAUCCUGAGGAGAGCCUCUGAGCGCCUGGAGCUGGUGUUUGGCCUGGAGCUGAAGGAAGUCGACUGCAGCAGGAACAUCUACACCCUCACCAACAAGUUCACUCUCGGGGUUGAGGAAGGGUCACGUGGUGAGCGGGGGAUGCCCAAGUCUGGUCUCCUCAUGGCGCUCCUGGGCAUCAUCUUUAUGAAGGGUAACCGUGCCACCGAGGAGGAGGUCUGGGAUUUCCUCAGUCUGUUGGGGAUCUAUGCUGGGAGGAAUCACUCCAUCUUUGGGGAGCCCAGAAAGCUCAUCACCAAAGAUCUGGUGGAGGAGGGGUACCUAAACUACCGCCGGGUUGCCAGGAGUGACCAUCCACCUUAUGAGUUCCUGUGGGGCCCAAGAGCCCAUGCUGAAACCAGCAAAAUGAAAGUCUUGGAAUUUUUGGCAAAAGUCAAUGAUACGGUUCCCAGUGCCUUCUCAUCACAAUAUGAAGAAGCUUUGCGAGAUGAGGAGGAGAGAGCUCGAGCCACAGCCAGGCCUGGUACAACUGUCACUUCCAGGAACAUUCCAUGGCCACGUCCAGCAGCUUCUCCCACCCCUACUGA